GCUUCAAGAUGGCGGAGAUGUCAACAGAGACGACCACCGCGCCGUUACUGAUGCCACGGCAGGCGGCCGGUGAAUCACAGUCCGGCGGAGGAGCUAGGCCUGCCACGCUCGCGCUUCUCUUAGGGCGUGCUUCGGGACGCCGUGGAGCGUCUAUGCUGGUUCGCGAGACUGCUGCACGACAGCUGGAGGAGAGGCGAGCCGACUGGGGAUACUCAAAGCCGGUUGUUGCCCUAGAUAUUACAUGGAACCUUGCAUUCGUCGCGGUUUCGGUGGUUUUGUUGAUUUGCACGUUGGAGGAAAAACCGAACGUGCCAAUUAGGGUUUGGAUCUGCGGGUAUGCGUUGCAGUGUGCGGUGCAUGUAGUGCUGGUGUGGUUGGAGUAUAGGAGGAGAAAUCGGAGAGUACAGGAAGACGAAAGGACGGGGGAAAGUGAUUCGAACUUCGACGAUAGUGAGGAUGAUGAUGGAAGGAUUGGGGCUUUCUUGACUUCUAAUGGAGUCAGUUACACCAAAAGAUGUGAAAAUCUUAAUACGAUGGCGUCAUUUGUCUGGUGGCUAGUUGGCUUCUAUUGGAUGGUCUCUGGUGGCGAGAUUCUUCUGCAUAAUGCUCCACGUCUGUACUGGUUGACUGUGGUCUUUUUGGCGUUUGAUGUGUUCUUUGCCAUCUUUUGUGUUGUUUUGGCAUGUUUGAUGGGAAUUGCUCUUUGUUGUUGCUUGCCCUGCAUCAUUGCAAUUCUAUAUGCAGUUGCUGGCCAGGAAGGUGCAUCUGAGGCAGACCUCAGCAGCCUUCCCAAAUACAGAUUUCAGGUGUCCAAUGAUGACGAGAAGCCUGAUGUGGGAGCAGGUAGAAUGGUUCCUGUUGAAUCAAAUGUCGGCUGUUUGGCUAUAGAACGUGUUCUUCUACCUGAGGAUGCAGACUGCUGUGUAUGUCUAAGCCCAUAUGAAGAUGGAACAGAACUCCAUUCACUUCCUUGCAACCACCAUUUCCAUGCAACAUGCAUCGUGAAAUGGCUGAAAAUGAAUGCGACUUGUCCCCUUUGCAAGUACAACAUUCUCAAGGGAUACGAACAGGCUUAAACAGCAACGGUAUUUGACUCGACUCUACAUGCGCUACUAUGUAUUUAUCCAUGUACAGGAGGAAAUGCAGGUUUGGCUAACAGAAAAAAAAAACGAAAUAAAUUUCAGACGUUUAAUAGAUUGGCAUCAACCAUGGCUUUUAUGUUGUUUUUGGUAGGGAGUUUGGUCCUGUUGGUAAAAAUGAGUCAGUGACAAGAACAGAAUAAUGCAUACAUAUUUAGUGUUAAUUUCAGUUGUAUAUCGUUCGGCCAUUACCUGUUUGUAACAGGGAAGUACAAUUGAAUUCAAAAUGUUGUAUAUAAGUAUUUGCGUUGCAGGAAUCUUAUUCGAAAGAAUUUGUGGACGUUAGUAGCC